AUGGAUUUCACGUCGUGCCUGAAGCGGGGAGGCACUGUGCGACAGGAGAACGCCUGCUUGUCUGUGCACGAAGGUCCUUUCAUCUCUAACUUUGACACUGGCUCCUCCCAAAGCCAGAGCCGCCUCUCUGGUCCGCGCCUCGGCGUCCGGAACAAUGUGACGGUCAUGAGCGAGCGCAUUCGCCACCUGGAAGAAGAACUAGUGUCCCAAGCCCAGCUCCUGAAGGAGGUGGAGCUGAGAGCAGACUGCAGCCAGGAGGAAGCGGCCCACAGUGAGAUGGUGCUGCAGUCUCUAACGGAGGAGGUCCAGGCUCUCAGGGACCAGAUGGAGAACAAAACUGCCCUCUGCAAACGAGCUGAACUGCAGAGAAACACAGCCCUGGAAAACGCAGAGAAGCUCAAAGAAGCGUUUUGUCAAUUCAAAGCCACGACUUCGAUUAAACUCAAAAAGCUGCUGGACAGUGAGAACAAACUCAAAGAAAGUGUGAGGAGCUGUAACGUAGAGAAGGAAGAGCUGGUGCUGAGGUGCUCCGUGCUGCAGGAGGAGAGAGAGCGACUGCACCACUCCAUCAGGUCAGUGUCUGCAUCACUCCAUCAGGUCAGUGUCUGCACCACUCCAUCAGGUCAGUGUCUGCACCACUCCAUCAGGUCAGUGUCUGCACCUCUCCAUCAGGUCAGUGUCUGCACCACUCCAUCAGGUCAGUGUCUGCAUCACUCCAUCAGGUCAGUGUCUGCACCACUCCAUCAGGUCAGUGUCUGCACCACUCCGGCAUCAGGUCAGUGUCUGCACCACUCCAUCAGGUCAGUGUCUGCACCACUCCAUCAGGUCAGUGUCUGCACCACUCCAUCAGGUCAGUGUCUGCACCUCUCCAUCAGGUCAGUGUCUGCACCACUCCAUCAGGUCAGUGUCUGCAUCACUCCAUCAGGUCAGUGUCUGCACCACUCCAUCAGGUCAGUGUCUGCAUCACUCCAUCAGGUCAGUGUCUGCAUCACUCCAUCAGGUCAGUGUCUGCAUCACUCCAUCAGGUCAGUGUCUGCACCACUCCAUCAGGUCAGUGUCUGCAUCACUCCAUCAGGUCAGUGUCUGCAUCACUCCAUCAGGUCAGUGUCUGCACCACUCCAUCAGGUCAGUGUCUGCAUCACUCCAUCAGGUCAGUGUCUGCAUCACUCCAUCAGGUCAGUGUCUGCACCACUCCAUCAGGUCAGUGUCUGCAUCACUCCAUCAGGUCAGUGUCUGCAUCACUCCAUCAGUGGUCUUCAGGAGGAGCUGCAGGAGCUGAAGCUGAGCUCCUCAGAGCGCUCUCUGCUGCAGCAGCAGCUGGAGGAGGCGGGCCGCAGGGUCAGUGCCAUGGAGCAGCAGCUGCAGGAGCGAGCGGCCGACUGCAGGGACAUGUCUGCUCUGCACAGGGAGCUGCAGGAGCUGAGGGGGCGGAGCCAGAGCCAGGAGCUGCAGCAGAGCAGAGCACAACUGCAGAGUCUGGAGAGUGUGCUGCAGCUGCUGCACCUGCAGGAGGGUGGGUCUGGGCCACUUUGUGCUCGGCCCUGCAUGCUGCCCCCUCUGGACUACUCAGGAACUGCACACAUGAUGCAACUACAAGCAGGUGAGGGGUACCAGCAGCUGCUGAAGGCCCUCCAGGCUGUAGAGUCUGAGCGGUGCAAACAGCAGCGAGCAGCAGAGAGGCUGCAGGAGCGUCUGGCUCGAGCCCAGGAGGAGGUCUCUUCUCUGCAGAGCUCCAUGGCUCAGAGGGCCUCCCACUACCAGAACCUCCACUGCCAGCUCCUGGACAAAGUCAGCCAGGCCACGGACACUGAGAAAGAGUUGAAGAGGAAGAGCGCUCGUGUGGCUGCUCUGGAGAAGCAGCUCCAGGAGAAGACCUCGGCCUACAGCCAGGCCGCCCUGAGGAACACCGAGCUGGAGAAGACACUGCAGGAAAAGAGCAGUACAGUGGAGCACUAUCAGACCCUGAUGGGCAAAAAGCAGCGUGAAUACCAACAGUCCCUGGACAAGUGUAAGAAGACGAACGCACACACAUCGAUGGAGCAGCAGCACAGAAUGGACCUGUUGGAGACAUCUGUGAAAGAAGCUCAGAUGCGUCUGUUGGAGAUGGAGGAACUGUUUGCUUCUGUGCAGACGGAGCGGGACGAGGCUCAGAACAUGGCUCUUCUUCUCCAGAGCAGCGUGGACAGACUCACUCAGGAGAAGGAGCAAGAAGAAAAGCACUGUCAGGAGCUGCAGCAGAGAUUAGCAGAGGAAUCCACUCAGUCUAAGGCCAAGAUGUCAGAGCUUCAGUCGUCUCUUUCCACUUGUGAAAACCAGCUCAGUGUGAAUCUGCAGAAUAUGGAGGAGACACACAGGAGAUAUGACGCACAACUGCAAAAGAGCAACGCCCUGGUGGCCUCUCUGCAGGAGAAGCUGCACAGCACAGCGCUGGUUUGUCACACGGCCUCUGAACACAACACGCAGCUGCAGCAGUCUCUGGAGCAGAGCCAGGCCAUGCUCAGUGAAGGAAGCACCAGGAUCUCUGAGCUGGAGGACAGUCAGAGCCAGCUGCAGAAACAGGUGUCGGCGCUGGAGCAGCAGCUGGAGCGAACCCGGGCCUCUCUCCAGGACACUGCCCUCAGCCGGGAGCGGGACGUCCUGCAGAGAGACAAGAGCCUGGAGGAGCUGCAGCAGGAGAACACACAGAUCAAACUCUCCGUCAGCCAUCUGUCCACAGAGAUGACCAAGUACAAAGUGGAGCUGGUGUCGAAGGAGUCUGAGCUGAAGCAUCUGCAAAAGGACGUGUCCCAGAAGGCGUCCCAGAUCAGCCUCCUGGAGGAGAGUUUGCAGAGGGUCAAGGCUCUGCUGGAGACCAAGGCUGACAGGGUGUUGGAUCUGGAGGAGACGCUGCACCGCUGCGAGGCAGACCAGCUGCUCUGCAGACAGAGGGCUCAGGCUCUGGAGGAGCAGCUCCAGGGCGUCAGGGCAGAGCUGGGAGACACGCUGCAGCAGCUGCAGCAGCUGAAGGAGCUGCUGCUGAAGACUCAGACCACAGCAGAUGAGAGGCAGGCCUCAGUGGACCGGCUCAGUCUGGAGCUCAGAGAGUGCCGACAGGAGCUGGAGGAGAGGACACAUGAGGUCCUGGACAUGGACAAUGCCCUGAAGGAAAGACAGGGGGAGCUGCAGCAGAGGGCCCAGCUGUUGGGACAGUUGGACGUGGCGAUCCGCGAGCACAAGCUAGAGAUGCAGAAGAAGACGGACUCGUUACAGCAGAGACUGGAGGCCACAGAGCAGCAGCUCCGAGAGGCUCAGGGGCGGCUGGCUGAGAGGGACCACCAGGAGUCGGCUCAGCUGGUGUCCUGUCAGCACAGACUGGAAGCUGCUCUGGUAGAAUCUAAAACCUCUCUGCAGAGAUGUGAGGCCCUGAACUCAGAGCUGGACAUCAUUCGACAGCGGAGCCAUAACACGGAGGAGGAGCUGAGUCGCACCGAGGAGGAGCUGGCCCUGAAGGAGGCGCACUGGCUCCACACCGAGGCCACACUGAAGGAGACUGUGAGCCGGCUGCACCAGGAGCUGGAGCUGGAGAGAGAGCAGCACAACAAGGAGCUGGAGUCCCUGCAGCAAACCAGAGGACAGCUCCUCAAAGUCUCAGAGCAGAUGUCGACCACCAUGAAGUCCUCUCAGGAACAACUGACCUCCAAGCUCCAGCUCUGUCAGGACCAGCUAGACCAGAGCCACAGAGACCUGCUCCAGACCAGGACCCAGCUGGAGCAGAGCCACAGAGACCUGCUCCAGACCAGGACCCAGCUGGAGCAGAGCCACAGAGACCUGCUCCAGACCAGGACCCAGCUGGACCAGAGCCACAGAGACCUGCUCCAGACCAGGACCCAGCUGGACCAGAGCCUUGUGGAGCUUGAGGAGGUCAGGGGGCGGUAUGAGGAAACCAGGACCCAGAAUACACAGCUGCAGGUCCAGUUGGAGCAGGUCUCGGCCCGGUCCCAGGAGCUCCAGCAGCAGCUCUCAGCCUCGCAUCAGUCCAUGGAGUCGUCCCACCACUCUCUGCUCAUCAAGGAGUCUGAAGUGACCCGUCUCCUGGGUAAAAUCUCCAGCCUGGAACGCGCCGCAGACCGCCAGCACCUCCCUCAGACCUCCCCCUCUCUCCCCCCUUCCUCCCCCAUCCCUCACCCCCACCCUCACCCCUCCAUGACAGACAACAGAAAGGUGUCAGACUGGUUACACAGCAGCAGCAGCAGAGACACCACCAUGGCCUCGUCCCUGGACCUCCCGCCCGCUUUGAAAGACGCUCUGAGAGACGCUUUAGCCGAACCCUCGUGGAACUCCUCUUCCUCGUUCCCGGAGAGCGCCGUGGACCAGAGCUGGCAGGGUCUGGCCUCCGCGGACGCCACAGUCGUCUCGGACCGGUCCUUCAACCCUCUCACGUACAUGCUGGACCAGGGGCAGAGAGACGUGGGCCGGCGGGAGUCCAGGGGAACGCCGGUGCUCCCUGUACGUGACGAGGCAGAUCUGAGCUCGCUGACCGGGAUGCUGAGGUUCGUCAAUCAGACUCUGGCCAUGCAGGAGGACCAGGAGGAGACCAGCGGGAAAACGUGA